AUGUCGGAAGCCGGAAUCCAACGCCCAGCGCGCCAGCUGGACGAAUUCGAAGAGCUCGUCUUCGAGUAUACAAGUCGCAUGGGCCUGGGCAAUGAAGAGCACUGGGAUGUCAACGGCCGCGACUGCAACCUCCGCUUUGAAUCCGCAACCCGCGGUCCACCGGCAAAGGUCUCCUUUCUCCUCAAAAUCACCCCAGCACUCAGCAACUACAUGGGAAACCUGCACGGCGGUUGCGCCGCAACUCUCAUCGACGUACUAUCAACGACAAUCCUCUUGGGCGUGUCCGAGCCUGGCAAGUUCUCCCUCGGCGGCGUGAGUCGCAACCUCAAGCUCACAUAUCUCCGUCCUGUGCCGGAGGGCAUCGAAGCGCGCAUCGUUUGUGAGAUUAUUCAUGUCGGGAAGCGAUUGGCGCUGCUGCGGGCUGAAAUUCAAAGGGCCGAGACGGGGGAUGUUUGUGUUGUUGGCGAACAUGAAAAGGCCAAUACUGAUCCUGAAGUGAAUCAACGCAUUUAA